GACAGUAGGCUAGCCAAACCCCGCCCCUUUGUGGGGAAUCCCCUGAGCUCACCUCCUCUGAUCUCACUGCUUGAGCUCGAUAUGAAUUACGACGAGAUGCUAUGACGAGGAUUGCUCUAGUUGUCGCUGUAGUUUAGCGGUCGUUUUCUCGUAUAGAGGCCUGUAGAUGGGUCGUAGAAACCGCCGGUUGUCGUCACUAUUCCAUUUCACUUCCUUUCUGGUUCGGGUAUCGCAACCCUACGCUAGUCUCAUAUCGGCGAGUCUCAUAUCGGCGAGUCUCAUAUCAUGCGUACAAGGGCGCGACGCAGACAAAGCGCCGCUUGCAGUUGUGUGUAAACGACCCAACUGCAAUACUGACAGUGUGAAGGUGACUGCUGAUGAAACGGUACCGUUCAGCUGUGUGACCGCCGCCACCGGGUCUCCUGUCACUGAUGCUCAAUGGACCGUCCACGCUGGAGACAACGAGGAGUUGCUCGACAAAGGAAAGUGUCCGGCCGGACCCUUUCAGUCGUGCUCUAUUAUAGACCAGAUGCUGACGAUACAUAAUCACACGGCCUUUCUGUCGCCAACUGAUAACUUCUACACUAUCCGAUGCUGCACUUUAGCUACCAAUGAUACCUCUGCAGAGUUUACGGUACACGUCGGAUUUGCAAGGUUGUUAACAUCUUUGACUCAAUCACCAAUUACUCCACAAGUUACCUAUGUGGAAUCUGGGAGUGACCCUUCACCUCCAAAAGAACACACUGAGAACUCCACAUACUCUCCUCUGCCUGAAGAAAGAGAGACACCAUCGGCCUCAGAAACAGCUGCCAGCAAGCAAACUGCAACUACAGCUGUCAAAGGGGUCAAUGGGAAGAGAGGCACUGAUGGGUCUACUCCUCAUAAUAGCUCUGAAUGGUCUGCAGAAAUAAUAGCUGUUGUGGUCGUUGUACCUGUUGCUGGCAUUGCGAUGAUAAUAAUUACUAUUGUUGCCCUGAGAAAGUGGACAAAAAGAAGUGCGAAAGUACAGCAGACGUUGGCAACAAUGACAGAUCAGAUUGACAAGAGGAUUGACCAAGACGACAAGAUGUUUGACCAAGGCAACAAGCUCAUUGCCAACACUGUCUACACCAAUCAACGCUUAGAUGAGCUCAUAGGAAUGAAGAGUGAUGAUUUUGAACAACAUGUAGUUACUCAAGCAAGAGUAGACAACAGCUUGGCAUCUAAAUAGAUUGUAUUACUACAUACUUGAAUCUAACAUUAACUCGUGUUGAUAGCCCAAUGCAACUCUUUGCUGCAGUUGGCAGUGGAAACUAAAUUACUUUGGUGUAGAAUGUGGCAUGAGCCAUGCCCUCCCAACUUUUGAAAAUGGAACUUCCGCCAACGGACUUUUGGUGAUAACUUCCGGAAAUAUUGG